CUAGAACAUAGAUGCAGAGACACUUGUCAUCAGGAAGGUGCUCUCUCAGCACAACGGAAAAUAUCUCAAUGACUUGACAUGUUCUGGCUGUGAAUUCAGGCUACAAGGGGUCAGUGCUCUAAAAUGAGUCUCUCUGGAGAGAGAGAGGAGGGGGGCCCUGCCUCUAAAAUGAGUCUCUCUGGGGAGAGAGAGGAGGGAGGCCCUGCCUCUAAACGGAGUGUCUCUGGGGAACAUGACACCAAAUCUAAGAGCCCAAUCAAGCAGGAGAGACCAGCCUCCCCUGUACCCAGCUGUGUGUCCAUGAAGAGUGACAAGUCUAUGGAGUUACCUAUAUACUUUAGCGAGGGAGACCUUUCUACUGAACAAAGUCCAAUCAAGCAGGAGAGACCAGCUUUCCCUGUACCCAGCUGUGUGUCCCUGAAGAGUGACUGCUCUAUGAAACAUUCUAUUCGUUUUAGUGAGGGAGACUUUUCUACUGAACAAAGAAACCAACAGGAGAGAUCAGAGUCAGAGAUUCUCAGUGGUCAGUCUUCCCAGAGUUAUCAAACAGACCUGGCCUCCAUAUUCAGUUUGCUUGAAGAGAAUAUUAUGGCAUUUGUGAAGAACGAGCUGAAGAUGUUCAAGAGGAUUCUUAGUCCAGAACUCCCAGAUGGCUUUGAGAGUCAGAAGCAGGAUAAGGAAGUGGUGGAUUCUGAAGAUGAGAAGCAGGAGAGCAGUGCCAGAGAGGGGGCUCUGAAGAUCACACUACACAUCCUGAGGAAAAUGAACCAGAAAGAGCUUGCUGACACACUGGAGAAAAAUGAGCUUGCUGUGAUUUACCAACGUGAACUCAAAUCUAAUCUAAAGAAGAAGUUUCAAUGUGUAUUUGAGGGGAUCGCUAAACAAGGAAACCCAACACUUCUCAAUAAGAUCUACACAGAGCUCUACAUCACAGACGGUGGAACAGGAGAGGUCAAUAAUGAACAUGAGCUGAGACAGAUUGAGACAACAACCAGGAAACAAGCAAGACCAGAGACUGCAAUCAAAUGUAACGACUUCAAACCCUUAACUGGACAAGACAAACUUAUCAGAACUGUGCUGACAAAGGGAGUCGCUGGCAUUGGAAAAACAGUCUCCAUUGUCCUUCUACACUACUCGUUAAAUCAUGAUGAUCUCUCUGCCAGGCUGUCAGGCUGUGGAGUCACAGAGGAAGGCUGUGCUUCUCUGGUCUCAGCUCUGGAGUCAAACCCCUCACACCUGACAGAGCUGGAUCUGAGUAACAAUGAUCUGAAGGAUUUUCAGUCCAAAGAAAGGCAUUCCGGCAAUGACAGCAGCCAGGUUACAGCGAUAUGCCCUGUUCCUUGCCAGUCAUAUGUAUGACAUUGAGUUUAAGCCAUCAUCCCUCUACACAAAUGCAGAUGGAUUAUCCAGACUGCCAUGUACAAGAGAAAGGCAAAGGAGGGUGGAUGCAGUGGACAUGUUCCAUACCGCUCAGCUCGAGGCACUACCGGUCACAAGCACAGUUAUCAAACAUGAGACAAGGAAAGAUGUGACCUUGUCAAAAGUGUACACCUACACCAUGUCAGGAUGGCCAGCUACUGGCAGAAAGGAGCUGACUCCGUAUUUCCAGCGGAGAAACGAAAUUACAACGUACCAGGGAUGUUUGAUGUGGGGAAUGAGAGUCAUGAUACCCCAGAAAUGCCAACAUCGAGUCUUGCAGAAACUACAUGAAGGUCAUGUUGGAAUUGUCAAAAUGAAGCUGCUCGCAAGGAGCCACUUCUGGUGGCCAGGUCUGGACCAACAGAUAGAAAAUAUGGCAAAGAACUGUAGUGGAUGUUUGGAAACCCUUCACAUGCCUGCUCCUGUCCCAGUCCACCCAUGGGAAUGGCCCGCAGAGCCAUGGCAGAGAAUUCAUGUGGACUACGCUGGUCCUUUUGAAAAGCACAUGUUUCUGGUUAUAGUUGAUGCCCAUUCCAAAUGGCCAGAGUUGUUUUGCACUGACUCCUCCACCUCAGCUCAGACGAUAGAGUGUCUCAGAACAACGUUUGCACGCUUCGGUUUGCCACUGCAGCUGGCUGUCAGGCUGUCUAGUCACAGAGGAAGGCUGUGCUUCUCUGGUCUCAGCUCUGAGGUCAAACCCCUCACACCUGAGAGAGCUGGACCUGAGCUACAAUCACCCAGGAGACUCAGCAGUCAGACUGCUCUCUGCUGGACUGGAGGAUCCACACUGCAGACUGGAGAAACUCAAUGUGGAACAUGGUGGAGAGAACACAAUGAUACCUGUGCUUAGAAAAUAUGUCUGUGAUCUCACACUGGACCCAAACACAGUAAACAGACUCCUCUCUCUGUCUGAGGAGAACCGAAAGGUGACAUGUAGGAGAGAGAAGCAGCCGUAUCCUGAUCACCCAGAGAGAUUUGAGGACUGU